AUGGCUACCCCUGCCCUUCCUACGAGAGUCAAGACUGCCAAUGAUUCUGACGACGACCUGGUGAACGAAGGUGAUCCGUCCAGCACCGCGGGCUUGCUUAUCGAGCGCCUGCAGGCGUGGAAACACAUGUGUGGCUAUCUCGAGAAUUACAUCUCAGCAGUCGCCAAAGAACAGGCAGGAUGGGCGAAAGAGCACGAAAAGAACGUUAUGAAGACACUGUCGCAUCCUCUUCGCGAAGCUCAUCACUUCGACCCUGCACUGGGUGGAGUUGCUGGCUUGUUUGAAAACUUGAAAGCGAACACUCAGGCUCAGAUCAGUUUACACACAGAGACCUCGAAGAACCUCACUGGAUCCGUCCUGCCAAUCCUCGAACGUCUGCACGCCGAAAUCAAGAGCAAGAACAAGGAGAUCACGAAUGGCGCAGGUAAAGGCUCAAAGGCCGUUGACGCAACGCGCGGGAACUCGCAGAAACAUAUCGAAUUGCUGGGACAGCAGGCAGCUCAUUUCGACUCGACCGGAGGCAAAGUGUCCGCACACCAUGACCCUUAUGUGCUGAGGAGAGGAGUCCUCUACCGGCUCAAUAAGCAACUGCUGGAGGAGAACAACAACAGACAGGAUCUGAUUGAAGUCCAGAACUCCUUCUCCAACUUCGAGGCCCAUGUGCUCCAGACCAUCCAGACAGCGUUGAACUCGUACAAUCAAUUCAUGAGUGGCCAGGCCGACCGACAGAAAGCCUUGUUUGGUGACAUCGCUGCGACUGCGAGCAAGAUCCCUCUUGACUUUGAAUGGAGCGGAUUCAUGAAGCGGAAUCAGCAUGUUUUGAUCAAUCCCAGCGCGCCCAUGAGGACGAUGAACGACGUGUCUUUCCCGAAUGAGAACCACCGGUCCACAAAGCCGCUCAUAGAAGGCACUCUCGAGCGUAAAGCACGCGGAAUGGGCGCUCUCGGCAGAUACAGCAGCGGGUACUACGCCGUCACACCGGCAGGCUACUUGCACGAGUACAAGGAUAAAGAGAACUUCCACAAGGAACCCACCCCUGAGCACUCUCUGUAUCUUCCCGACUGCAUCAUUGGAGCUGUCGAUGGUCCGAAAUUCACCAUCAAGGGUAAAGACUCAUCGGGCAGCAAAUUCGGGCAGAAGAUGGCCAUCACCUCGGACUUUCAAUUCAAGGCCCUUACCAACUCUGAUGCACAGCAAUGGCACUCUGUCAUUGCCAGCUUUGCCAAUUCCGGCGGAAGUCUACCGACAAGUCCGGUUGAGAGUCGCAACAUCACACCCAUCACUACCAGGAUGGAAGAGCCACAGACCCAGGGUGUCACAUCUGCUGGACCAACACCAACCAGUGCCAAGACACCCACCAGCGCCCAGCCGACGAGUGCCACGUCGGCUACUGCGCCGGCGCCUGCUGGAGAAAGCCUCCACACGGGCCCGGGUCCGCAUGUGUUGGGAGACGGGAAACCGGGCGAGAAGUAG